CAGUCUGAGCGGGCAAACCAGUGGAUCGCAGAGCGGCUGCUCCAUGAUGAUAGAAUUCAGCCCAGAUAAACUAAUCCAUUAUUUUGUAUACAUAGACUGUUUAUGAAGAUGAUAUUUGAGCGAGGAGCAGUGGGAGUAGUCAGGGGUUUCACAGCUGGGAGCUGUAGUUGAAUUGUUAGUUUAUUUCCUGGAGAGAGCCAAUGAGCGGGCCGCUAGACUUCCACCCGGAAGUGUAGAGACUCAGGGAGUACAUGCUGAGGGCUCGGUGCUGUGUGUGUUUAGUCAAGACAGAGAUAUCAACAUUUAAACGUCUUCUAAUGCUACGUAGCAGGAGUCCUGAGUCAAAAUGGCGCUUGUGCGAAUGAGGAACAUGAAGGGCCCCAAUAACACAGAGAUAGAAAAGAAAAUUAAAAGAGGUAAUGCUUUGAGGCAGGGAUCUGCAUGGAGGGGGUACCGAGGACUCGUGGCCUUGCUGCUGUUUGUGCUCUCUGUGUGCGGGGCUUCUACGUGGUGGUACCUGAGCUCUCUGGACCGUGACGUUACAGAAACACUGGUCAGACGGGGGGAGCUGGUCUCUCCUCAGCCCAGAGUCUUUACAGUCGAGUGCUCUGAAGACUAUGAGAACUACCAACGCUAUCCAGGAUGCACACCUCAGACUUGUGGCCGUGCAGUAACAGACGGCGUGGUAACGAGGGAGGAGGCUCAGGUUCUCAAGAGGCUGGCUGAGAGGGGGCUAGCACUGGCUGGUUCAGAGGGAGGAGCUUCCAUACUGGACCUGCACUCUGGAGCACUAUCGAUGGGAAGACAGUUUGUCAACAUCUACAGGUACUUUGGGGAUGACAUCGGGGACGUGUUCACAAAAGAGGAUUUCGAGCUUUACAGAGACGUACGUGGGCGAAUCCAGGCGGUUAUUGCUGAGACGUUUGAUUUGGACCCCAGUCUGAUGUACCUCACCAAGCCCACCUUCUUUUCCAGAAUCAACAGCACGGAAGCCCAGACCCAACACGAUGAGUACUGGCACCCACAUAUAGAUAAGGUAACUUAUGGCUCUUUUGACUACACCUCUCUUUUAUACCUGUCUGACUACGGCUCUGACUUCACCGGAGGACGAUUUAUCUUCAUGGACCAAAAUGGAAAUCGGACAGUGGAACCUCGGGCAGGACGAGUCUCAUUCUUCUCCUCCGGCUCAGAGAACCUCCACCGCGUGGAGAAGGUAGCUUGGGGGACUCGCUACGCCAUCACGGUGUCCUUCACCUGCGACCCUGCACACGCCAUCUCUGAUCCGGCCCUGCCCUGAGUCACCCAUGGGUAACGCCAUGCCCACUGGCUUGGACAAACCCUGUAAUGAGGGGAACAGGGGGAAGGACAACGGGAGAGAUGUGGAAGGAUGGGAAAGGGGAAAAAAAUAAGGUUUAUAUUGAGGUUUCACUGCUAAACUUGAUUAACUGUAGUAACACCACUUAUCUUCUGUGUCUUUCUAUUGUUUUAAGAUAUUGACUGGUUGUCUCUUAAGGAUUCUGCUACACAAAAUAAGCCACAUGCUCCCCCUUUCCUCUAAAAAUAUGUUUUCUUAUUUGCUACCUACUAUGUCUUUUUACUCAACUUUCUACAGCAACUGUUUUCUUGUUCUUGAUUUUUUUAUCUCGCCAUCUUAAUCACUAGUAUUAGGUGCGGUUAUGUUCCAAGCAGAUUUCACACAAUCUGCUCCUCUUGAUCGUUUUCGGGGAUGGCUUGAGCAGAAAUUGCUUCUCAACUGACAACAGUCUCCGAUAGGCUAAAGUGGGAUUGUGUGCUUUCUCUGUGUCUCCACGUGUUUCUCAUUUUGAGGCGAGCUGUCAAUUAUGUGAAGAAGAGAUAUAGAUCUAGAGACUCUCCUAUAAAAUCAAAUCAACCUUUCAUCUCAGAAUCCCAGCUCAAACUUGCCUCCAUCUGAGGAACACAAGGUGUUUUCUUCUAAGAAGAACCCUCUCCUUCUGCAACAGUGAUUGCUGCUUCGACUAUGAUACUAUUUACUUCAAUGUGGUUGGUGGAGAAAAGUUUGAAAUAAAAUACUGUCAGAACCUGAA